AUGGGUCGGCUCGACCGGAGUGAUACCACGGCCUCACAGAAAACCGGCGUGCAACAACCACAGCGUUGUGUUUUGCCGUACCCGGUACAACAAUUUGUGGAUCACACAAAGAGUGUUCCAUGCGAGAAUCGAAUCAGCGACACGUUGCGCGGUAGCCAGUCGCCCACCAACGCGCCAACCGUGCAGUCUGACAACCAGAUUGAAAUUUUCGUCUGUUCUUACACGAAGGUCACCAAAGCCCACGACCCAACUCUAUUUGAGGCCGUUCACCGGUUAUCUGGAGUUCUCGGCCGGUACAUGGUGAUAUACAAUCAACUCAUAGAAUGCUGCCACCAGAACCUGCAAGUCCAGAAGACUGUAUUCAUCGAUAAUAUCAUCAAAGCUCUUGUUUCUAGGAUACUGGAACUGAGGGCUGGAUUAGAAAAAUUGGAAGGAAGUCGAUUUCAAUUCAUUGGACAUGGGUUGACCGAAGUUCAUCAUACGAUAUUUGAUAUUGACAUGACAGCGAUACCUUUGGAAGAAGGCAGACCAAAGCACAUACAGAAAGAAUUUGAUAAAAUACUAGCUAAAGUAAAGGAAAUUAAAGAAUACGUUGAAGAAGAGGAAGUAGAAGAAGAAGAAAUCGAAGGGCCAAAGUAUACGUUUGAAGAAUUGUGGGGAAUAAAACUAGAAGAUGAUGAGCCUGUGUUUAAAGCGAAAGAAGUGGAUCUGAGUAUACCGGAAGAAUUGCGCAAAACAAGGGAAUAUCUAGCUCUGAUACUUGCACAUGAGAAAACCAGACAAGUAAUGAAAAUGAUGAAAAAGAGACAACUUAGAAGAGAAACGUGGGUAAAGGAAUUGACCGGGACCUUGCAGCCACCGGCCAGAUACGAGAUUAGAGAAAGAAGUUCAAAACUCAUUUCUAAAGUAUUCAGAGCAUACUUCGAGUUGAAACGACGGCGAAUUAAAGAUUGCAAAAGAGAUCAAUUAUUGGGAAUUAAUAUUUGUGAAUCGCAGAAAUUUUAUAUACAAAGAAAUAAUGCUGAUAAAAUGCUUCAUGAUCGCUCCAAACUACGUGGCAUAUAUGAGAAAGAAUGGAUAAAACAACGUAAUAAGAUAAAGGAAAAUAUUUUGAAAUAUAAGCAAGCAAAAAUCUGUGAUGAACUAAGGGACCAAAUAAGGGAGUGGUUCCUUCAAUGGUUUGAUGCAGUUCAAUUUUUCUACAAUAUUCCCAAAGAAGGAUCUAUUGCAAUCUUCAAGGGUGAUGUUCCUAGUCCUCAAGAUUGGUAUGAAGAGAAUGAAACGCGACUGCAAAAAAUUGCUGCAGACAAAAAGAAAAAUACUCAAGAUAUAUUUGAAAAGAUCAACUUUCAUGCGCAGGUUAUAGAUUACUACCACCAAUCAUGGGACAUCUACGAUAUGUGGGAAACUAAGGAGGUAAAAGAAAAAUUCGUUCAUGAAGUGGAUGUGAGCAACGCUAUUAUAGAAGUGUCCCUUGAAGUUAUGCCAAAGGUGGAUGAAGAUAUGAGGAAAGAACUAACCCAACUAAAGAAAGCUUUAAUAGAAGAUUACAAAACCCUCGAAAGGGAAAUGCCAAUAGAUGUGACCAAACCGAUAAUCAAAAGGGACAAAAAGAAGAAGAUAGCUCGUAUUAAAUUGAAUAGUAAAGUUAAGAAGAUGAUCGAGGAUCUAGCUUUACAAGAUGUCAUUGUAGAUUAUCCUAGAGUGAAACUAGAAGACUUUAUUGGGGAUCCUAACUUCGCUGGUGAGGAUCUAAGGCGACAAAUUGUGCCAACAUUUCCAUUCAAUUUUGAAAUCCGAGCAUACUGGUGGGAAAGAUGUCGAGAAGUGAAUCAUCGAUUCCACAGAAUACUGUUGGUUGGACCCAAAGGCAGUGGCAAGGAUAUACUAGUUAAAGUUUUAGCUUCUAUUAAUGGUAGUUGUGCUAACCCUUGGUCGGCCAAAAGCAAAGCUAUGUUGAAGUCGUUUCCUACAGUUUUGCUUCUACCAAACAAUACGUACUCAACGGUCGUGCAGAUAUUGAAGGAUUGGGUGGUCAAGUAUGAAGUGUUACCAUCAAACUUCAACGUGACCAACCUGGCUUAUGUCUUGCAAGGAUACAGCUUCGGGUAUGUGAAAGAAGCUCUGGAGAGAUUCAUGUCCGCUGACAGAAUUAUCAAAAUAGCUGCUUAUGGAAUCACUCCUAUGGAAGUCUAUGAUUACAUAUUGAACGAUGAAAAUGCUGCCAAAGUUAUUAUCAAGAUGAACCACAAAAGACGUUAUAGCGCCAGUAACCAAUACCGUGGUUUAGAAGAGGCCCUAAAUAAUAUACUCGAAGAUAGUGAUGAUGGUUUGGAGUACGACUUGGCCAUAAUUCCACCUGAACCAAGUGUUGUUACCGACAAAGAGGAGGGUUUUGAUGAUGAAACUAUUGCAAACAACUUGCCAGGUGAUGUUCCAGGAGAAAUCGAGGUGUUUGUGCAAAAUAUUGGCACUCUUUCGGAUUCUGAGGACGACAGCGACAAUGAACCAUUGGCUGCAAAACGAACUCGGAAAAACAAUACACAACGUUCCAAUGAAUCAAGUGAUGCACAAAAUCGAUCGGCUUUGAAUGUUCCGACUUGGCAUAAUGAUGAUGUGAAUAUAUUGAGAAAAGCGCUACUAGUUUCGCGUCGCGCGGACGCGGCGACGUCGCGCACGCCGCUCAUGAGGAAGAACCCCUCUGUGGUUCGAAACUAG